UUAAGGCCCAUGCCCACAGUUUUACCUGGAAGUUUGCACCUGUACAGUGAGGAGUAUCAGUCUGACCUCCGUGUUUAAUCACUAAACAGGUGAUAUGCUUCCACAUCUGUGUUUCUUACUUCUGGUGGUUCCAUUCGACAGUGAAGGGGCUGUCAUAGACGGAUCGGACGAUACCGGCGUGCAUUCAACCUCUCCAACCACCAUCGCUAGAAGUCCACAUCUCGAAUGGUUACUGCAAAGAAACAAAGAGAAAGAAACUGGCGGAGACAAGAUGAGGAUUUCAUUUUUCGUAGAUCUCUUGGACGAACCUCUGAUUGAGAAUGGUGGAAAAGAAUCCAGAAAGUCGUUCCUUGACGCUCUGCUGAGUGAGCCUUUAUUUGAUAACGGUCUUGCUAAAGCUGUUAUGGAAACUCAAAAGAAAUCCCCUGAAAUCAUAGACAUCCCGGUGUCUCCAAGUUUGGGUUCAAUGGAGUCGAAUGAUCAGUGGCCAGAAAUAUUCUAUCCUCCUUCAACAAAUCAAAUUUUUAGAGGCGAUGACAAUCAGCCAAGGGAUUUUAGUUUAAACACUUUAGAAUUCGUCAAGCAUAAUGGCGACAAGAUGGAAAGACUUUCGGGAAACUCCAUCAAAUCUACGAGUAAUGGACAAAAACAUCUUGCCCCAUUAAAAAAUGUCAAUCUCAUAGAAAGUGUGUUCGACAUAAUUGAAAGUAUACCUAGUAUUGAUGAUUUAAGUACCAAGGUGCCCCGUUCAGAACAUGGGAAUAGUCUGAUGACUAGAAACGAUGCUCUGGAGGUCAACGGGAAAAGGGAUUCUGAUAAUUCAAAACAAAGCGUAAUCACCAACAAACCUGUACCUUUAAGGAAUCGAAAGACGACUUCAAAAGAAAUUUCUAGGAACCAUGAAAUACAAAACAAACGGCAUUCCUUGUCGAUAUUUACACAAACACCCUCAACUAUUCAUCAAAGAGCUAAACCACUGUUGCCGAAUAAGAAAAAGAUUCUUCAUCAUUUGAUAUAUCUUUUUCCAAAAAAAUUGAAAAAUAAAUCUAGUGAUCAUUUUGAAAGAAAAAAAUCUAACAGUGUUAUUCAUUCUCGUACAAGAUCAAAGGUAGUGAACAAACAUAUGCAUACACGAGAGAAAAAUGGUGACAAUUUUCGGAAUUCAUUUAUUCCGUUACAACAAUAUAUAAAACCACAGUCUUUUAAACAUUUUCGAUAUGGAUCGUUAUUUCCAUACUACAGUUAUUACAAUCUACAUUCAAGGAACCCGGAUUUGCAGUAUAUUUCUUUGAAUUCAUUUGAUGACGUUUCUGUUUUUCCACAAAGAGAAGUUUACCUUAUGCCACAUACUCUGGUCAACCACAAAACGCCAGGCUCCUACUAGACCAUUCAGUAUUUCAUCUCAUCUACACGUCUACCCAUCUCAAGAGAGACGUACUUGCCUUCCAACCAGACAGCCCCAAUGUUUAACAAUCCAUUUUCAUAGUCGCCAUAAUUGUCAAGAAACUUACUCACAUGUACACCCGUAUAUUUAAAGUCCAGUCUGUGUGUUAUUUAAAAUCAUUAUCAUAUUAUAUUGAUUCUCGUGCAAAUUUGUAUGAUGUAUGUAUUCCUGUUCAGUUCGUGUACAGCUAAUUGUCCAAGUACCGGUAUAUAAUAUUUGAUAUUGAUUGUUUGUAUUUACUAUGUAAAAUAUAAUUUGUGUGAUUGCCCUUCUUUUCCUUGAAGUACGUAUUUAUCAUUUGCCAAUGAUGCAUUAUUUAUUUGAUGAUAUUUAUGCCAAUAUAUUAAACAGUUUAGUAAACUUUUCGAUAUUAAAGGAGAACAUUUUUUGCAUGAUAAUCAGCAUAUAGAUUAUAAAGUGCUUGACGAUCAA